AUGGUAAAGUUCAAUUUGGAAAAAAAGACAACACUUGGAAGGUUGGGAAGCAUUGACGUAUGGGGUUCAAUUGAUGUCGGAAACCAUCGAACGCCGUCAUAUAUGACGUAUCUUCGUGGUGGCCACAUUCCGCAUUUGACAUGGGAUGUUGCGGUAAAACAAUUGAAUUUGUCACAGAAGCCGAUAUAUCAGCUCACGCUGCCUUCACUCGUUAACCAAGCCGAUAUAAUUCGGAAAUUCAAGAAAGGCGUAGCGAAAUUCUGUGGGAUUCCGCAAGGCUCGGCGAUUCAUUUGGCGAUUCUUGAUCCGCUCGGCAAACUUCCGAGUGGUUACAAUGAUUCAAAAUCGAUUGCGAUUUGGACAAAAAAUGGAAAAUGUUCGAUUGACGUUGCAAAAAUAAGAGAAAUUAUAAAUUCUUUCGGAUGCUCUUCGUUCGAAACGAUUUUUGACUACGAUAUUCCCAGAGAUGCAAGUUUGAAGAAACAAUCGAAAGCAGCAGAUAGGAAUAAAACAUUUCAUACGCAAAUGUUUAAUCCGGAUGAAAUUGUUGAAGGUACACCGAUCAUUUCAUUGGGUGGUGGAUUCAAUCCAUUUUAUCGGCGGAGAUGUGCCGUAGAUGUUGGUCUUGGCGAGAAUGUUAGAGCAUACAAUGUCGAUUUGCAUGAUUUUGUUGACGGUAUGGAAAUGGAUGAGAGCGAAGUUGCGAAGUUGCUCAAUGAAACGUUUACACCAUUGCCUCCAAACAAAUUAAGAAUUGUUUCUGGACCAUUUGAUCCGACCAAAGUGUUGACUCUUGUUCGUCUUGGUAUUGAUUUGUUUGAUUCAUCGUAUGCUGUGAAGCUUGCGGAACAGAAUCGAGGAUUCUAUCUCUCUGAUAACUAUCCUUCAUGUUCAACGUUUUUCACGCUCGAUUUUUCUGAUGAGCAGUUUGCUGAGAACUUCUCGAAGCCAUUUGAUCACUGUGAUUGCUAUACGUGCUCAAAGUACACAAAAGGAUAUCUUCAGCAUUUGGUGAAUACCAGAGAACUUCUGGCUUCAAUUCUGCUUGUUAUACAUAACCUAACCGAAUACGACAGAAUGUUCAAAUUAAUAAGGAAAUAUUUGGAAAACGAGGGAAGUUGUUGA